CACACGCCCUCUGAUGACCGAGAUUCCUCUGUGGUCCGUAAUGAUUUUUCCUGCUUACAUCAGAACACCCAAAGGAGCCAAACCAAACGGAACAUUAGCUCCUCCGUUUUAGUGUGCUGUCGAGGUCUGAACAGGAGAGUCGCUAGGCGAGGCUGACAACAGCACCGUGGAUCAGCCGUCCACCGUCAGAGCUGCAAUCAAACGUCUGUCAACAUGAGGCUCCUUCACGCAAUCUGCAUUUCCUUGUUGCUGGCAUUCGCCGCUGCCAGAUCAGUAACCCAAUCACGGCAAGAUGAAACUGCAGCAGAGACUGCAGCCCCCGCAGCUGCUGCUGUUGAAAUUUUGUCAACCCUUGCCCCAGUGGCUCCCGCUGCAGCCGUCACUGAAGCCGCUGCUGCAGUCGUCACCGAAGCCGCUGCCGUCGUGACCCAAGCGGCAGAAGAGGCAGUCGCCCCUGUCGAAAACGAAGUUGAAGCCGUGGCAAACACCACGGAACAAGAACGAUUCUGCAAAUGCACCAAACUCGAGUGCAACUGCUGUCGCAACCUCAGGUUGCCUAUUUUGCCCAUCAGAAGCAAGGGUUGCGCCUCACUGAAGUACGAGAAAGGAGAUAAAUUGUCCCUGUCGAUGAAGCUUGGAGAUAAUGUGGUGCGAACCUUCACAAUUGAUGAGAAGAAACCAAGGCGCGCCUGUGUUGACAUGCCGGGAGGCUUCAGCCAAUUUUGCGGUCGAGUUUACGGAAUUUCACGCGAAGCUGAUGACUUCAAGGCUUGCCUCGGCCUUGAGCUGAGGGCCCCCCUCGACCUGGAAGCUUCUCUGAGGGUGUCGUGCUUCAAAUUCAGCGAGAAAGGUGUAACUUUGGCGCCCGCGCCACCUCUGCCCGCCAGCCCUGAUGAUGAGGAUGAUGAUGACGACGACGACGAUGACGAAGGUAUCGGCGGACUCUUCUCCGGCCUCUUUGGAGACGGUGGUGACGAUUUGGAGAUUGAGUACCGCGACGGCUCCAGCAGCAAACAGUCUGACGCUGCCACCGAAGAGGAGGACGACGAUGAGGAGGAAGACGACGAAGCUGAGGAGGCCGACGAGCCUGAAGAGGAUGAGGAGGAAGAAGAUGAAGACGAUGACGACAUUGAGAUCGAAUACGGCGACGAUGAUGACAAUGAUGUUGAAGAGGAUUCUGAGGAGGGUGGCCUGGGACUGUUUGAUUUCAUCACCGGACUGUUUGAUUCGGACACCGAGGAAGACGAGAGCGAGGCUGCAUCUGUGGAGGCCACGUCUGAGGCGACUGCUGCGCCCAGCAAGAAAAAGAAGAAGCAGCCGGCCAAGGACGUCGUGUCCACUCCGGUGAAGGAGGAAGUCCAGACCAAAAAGCCCGUUAAGGUUGAGGCGACCACUACUAAGCCAACCAAAGUCACCGUAGAGGCGACGACUAAGCGCUCCGAGAAAGUUCCUGACCCGGUGAAGGCAUCAUCUGAAGAGGAUGAUGAUGAUGAUGAUGAUGAAUCAGAAGAUGAUGACGAAGAAAAGGACGAUGAUGAGGAGGAGGAGGACGAGAAAGACGAAGAUGAUGACGAUGACGACGAGGAUGAUGAUGAUGAUGAAGAUGAAAAAGACGAGGAAGGAACCACUGAGGAGAGCUUCAGUAGCGAAUUCGAGGCCGCCAUCAACGAAGUUGUUCAAGAGGUUGAAAGCAUUGGUGAAAUUGAAGUUGCUGACCUUGAUGACGACAAGAAGAAGGUCACCACCGUGAAGCCUGCAGUCACCCCUGCCGCGGCGAAAAACUCAACGGUUGCCGAAGAUUCCUCUGACAUCAUUGACGAGGUGGAAAAGCUGGUUGAAGAGGUCGGCGAGGUCAGCAUAGAUGACGAUGACGAAGAAGAGGAAGAAAAAGACACAAAACCCCCUGUGAUUGGCGUGGCUAUGGAUGGAGAACCCAGGGACAAAAUUAAGGUCGAGGUCGUCACCACAGCGCCUACUGCGUCCGUGGUGGUCAGACGUAGAAACUCGAGGGGAAAGGGUUUGUAACCCUGCUCUUAGACUAGGCUUAGUAAAUUAUUCUAAUUUAUUUAUUUAACUUAUUUAUUUCCCAUACGCAAUCAUUGGCUUUUAAUUAAACCGAAAAACACCGCAUUUGCUCAAUGUAAAUAUAUUUAUAAGCUUUAUAACAAUUAAAAACAAAAUCAAGAAAUAAAAUUAGUAAAUCUUCUACGUAAAGAAAGAAUAAAGCUCUCCACUCAUCACGCAAUAAUAGACUGAGGUUUUUCGCCUGUUAAUGCUUUAUUGCCCACUUUACCAUGUCAGCAGUAAAUUUAAACUGUCUUCUUGUUUAUUGAGAAUUCCAAGGCCGGGCAAUGAAUAAAGAAAUUCUCACUAAAUUACCAAAUCACGAGGUGUCAUCAUGUCACGCGAUACUCUAUAUUGCCAUAAUAAUAAUAAUAAACUUAAUUUUUAAGACUA